AUGAAGGUCCCGGCCGACCACGCCCUGCUUUUGUCUGGCCUGCUGCUGGCUCCAUCCGUGGGUGCCAGCACUUGCCAGGAACCUAUCAACCAUGUAGGCGAGCCAAACAGCUACGUCCAGCCUCUCAAUACCUCUAUCCUUACUCCCUAUGGCAGCUCACCACCGGUAUUCCCUUCUCCCGAAACUAAGGGCAAGGGUGGCUGGGAAAAGGCCCUGGUUCAGGCCAAGAACUGGGUAUCGCAGCUCACAGUCGAGGAGAAAGCCUGGAUGGCCACCGGUCAGCCGGGUCCCUGCGUGGGAAACAUUCUCCCCAUCCCUCGCCUCAACUUCACUGGUCUCUGUCUGCAGAAUGGUCCCCAGUGUAUUCAGCAGGGUGACUACUCCAGCGUUUUCGUCAGCGGUGUGUCCGCCGCUGCCAGUUGGGAUCGUAAGCUGCUAUACGACCGUGGAUAUGCCAUGGCUACAGAGCACAAGGGCAAGGGCACCCACGUCGUCCUCGGUCCCAUCGGCGGUCCCCUCGGUCGUAGUCCUUAUGACGGACGUACCUGGGAAGGCUUCGCGGCUGAUCCCUACCUGACCGGUGUCUGCAUGGAGGAGACCAUUCUCGGUAUUCAAGACGCCGGUGUGCAAGCCAACGCAAAGCACUUCAUUGCCAACGAACAAGAGACGCAGCGUAACCCUACCUACGCCCCGGACGCCAAUGCCACAACCUACAUCCAGGACUCCGUCUCCUCCAACCUUGAUGACCGCACCCUUCACGAAAUUUACAUGUGGCCCUUCGCCAACGCCGCCCGCGCUCGCGUCGCCAGCUUCAUGUGCUCCUACAACCGUGUCAACGGCUCCCACUCGUGCCAGAACUCGUACCUCCUCAACCACCUCCUCAAGACCGAGCUGGGCUUUCAAGGCUAUGUCAUGUCCGACUGGGGUGCCACCCACAGUGGUGUCGCCUCCGCUGAGAGCGGCAUGGACAUGACCAUGCCCGGUGGCUUCACCGUCUACGGCGAGCUGUGGACCGAGGGAUCCUACUUCGGCAAGAACCUCACCGAGGCCAUCAACAACGGCACCAUCACCACCGACCGGAUCGACGACAUGAUCGUGCGCAUCAUGACGCCCUACUUCUGGCUCGGUCAAGACAAGAACUACCCCAGCGUCGACGCCUCUGUUGGUCCCUUGAACGUCGACUCACCCCCCGACACCUGGCUCUACGACUGGAAGUUCACAGGUCCCACCAACCGCGACGUUCGCGGCAACAACAGCGCCAUGAUCCGCGAACACGGCGCUGCAUCCACCGUCCUGCUGAAGAACGAGCGCAACGCGCUCCCCCUGCGCAAGCCCCGUAACAUCGUCAUCGUCGGCAACGACGCCGGCUCCGACACCCAGGGCCCCUCCACCCAGACCGACUUCGAAUACGGCGUGCUCGCAAACGCCGGUGGCUCCGGCACCUGCCGCUUCAGCUACCUCUCCACUCCCCAGGACGCCAUCACAACGCGUGCGCGCCAGUACGGCGGCCGGGUGCAGACCUGGCUCAAUAACACUCUCAUUACGGAGAAGUCCAUGCCCGAGCUCUGGAACCCCGAGCAGCCCGACGUGUGCCUUGUCUUCCUCAAGUCCUGGUCCGAGGAAAAUGUCGACCGCACCUACCUGACCCUCGACUGGAACGGCAAUGCCGUCGUCGAAGCCGUCGCCAAGUACUGCAACAACACCGUCGUGGUCACUCACUCCGCUGGUGUCAAUGUCCUCCCCUUCGCCGACCACCCCAACGUCACCGCCAUCCUGGCCGCCCACUACCCCGGUGAGGAAGCUGGUAACGCCAUCGCCGACCUCCUCUUCGGCGACGCCAACCCCUCCGCCAAGCUGCCCUAUGUGAUCGCCUACAACGAAUCGGACUACAACGCUCCGCUCACCACCGCUGUCGCUACCAACGGUACCUACGACUGGCAGAGCUGGUUCGACGAGGAGCUCGAAGUCGGAUACCGCUACUUCGAUGCCCACAACAUCCCCGUCCGUUACGAGUUCGGCUUCGGUCUCAGUUACACUACCUACAACUUGACCAAGCUGAUCGCUGCUAAGCCGGUGGCCUCGAACUUGACUGCCCUUCCGGAGCAGCGUUCUGUCCAGCCUGGUGGUAACCCCGCUCUCUGGGAUACUGUGUACGCCCUCACCGCGCAGGUGAGCAACACUGGCAGCAUGGAUGGUUACGCUAUUCCACAGCUGUACGUCGGAUUCCCUGAUACUGCGCCCGCGGGUACCCCGCCUAGCCAGCUGCGUGGAUUUGAGAAGGUCUGGCUUGAGGCGGGCGAGACCAAGAAGGUGACUUUCGAGCUGAUGCGCAGAGAUGUGAGUUACUGGGAUGUGACGGCGCAGGAUUGGCGCAUCCCGACUGGCGAGUUUACUUUCAAGGCUGGUUUCAGUAGUCGUGACUUCCAUGCCAAUACGACUGCUACCUUGCUUAGGAAGUGAAUCGGAG